GUUUUAUUAAUCCUUAUUUAUACGUGCCACUCAAUUAAAACUGUAUUCUAUUACAUGCAUGUGUUUGAUUAAGCUAAAAUAUGCUAAACAAGCAUUGCGAUCUAUAACUUAAACUCUGUCUGUGUAUCUCACUGACAUGUGGAAUAUUCUCUCCAGAGGAAUGGAUAAAGUCAUAACCUGUUUCACCAAGCGCCCAGAUGCUUCGGUCCGUCUCAUCUGUUUUCCCUGGGCAGGUGGAGGCUCUAUUCAUUAUGCUCGCUGGGCCAAAACUCUCAGCAGCUCUAUUGAAGUGUACUCCAUUCGACUGCCAGGCAGAGAAGGAAGAACGAAGGAACCAUUUUUUCUAAAUAUGCAGGAAAUCAUCGAUGAGGUCAUCGGUGUGCUUCUUCCACAUAUCAGAGAGAAGCCAUUUGCCCUCUUCGGACAUAGUUUUGGAGCUAUGACUUGCUUUGCUUUUGCUGAACACGUAAAGAAGGUCUACAACCUUGAGCCGAUCCACAUGUUUCUCUCUGGAGCCUCAGCACCAUAUUCUGAAGCAAGACUGCAGGCACCAAGAAGAAGUAAUCUGUCAGAUCAAGAGUUUCUUGUGUGGGUCACUUCUAUUGGAGGCACACCACCAGAGAUACUGGCCAAUGCUGAGCUCGCCAAACUCUUCUUACCUGCGCUGAAAGCAGAUCUCUGUGUAGUGGACAAUUAUAGAUGUAGCAGACCAUCAACACCCUUCCUGUCAUGUCCAGUAUCAUGCUUUGACGGAAAAGAGGAUGCACCCCAUGACUUACAAGCUUGGAAGGACAUGACAAGUGGUGACUUCACUGUGCAGAUGCUUCCUGGGUCUCAUUUUUACUUGAAAGAAGCAGCAAAUGAAAAAUAUCUUCUGGACCACAUCACAAAACAUCUUGAGAAUGCAGAGAUGGACUAUUUAUAGAAACAACUCUGGCUUCCAUUGAUUUAUCUCUAAUUCAUAUUCACUGAUGGAAACAAUUUCUUGUAACUGUGAAA